AUGGUGGAAACUGAUUCUUAUACUUUAUUUCAAAUGGUGAGAGGAUUAGCUGCUGUUCCAUGGAAGAUGCAAUAUCUGUUAGAAAGGAUUAAGCUGUUGUUUAAUUUUCUGAAUUUGCAAAUCAAGCACAUAUAUAGGGAAGCUAAUGGUCUGGCUGACUUCUUCGCUUCCUUUGCUGUUAAAUCAGAACAGGAAGCUAAUGGUCUGGCUGACUUCUUCGCUUCCUUUGCUGUUAAAUCAGAACAGUACACUGAAUUUUCUGCAACUAAUAUUCUGCCAUCUAUUGGGAGGCUUAUAAUGCAACAAGAUUUAUAUGGAUUUCCCUCUGCCAGAUUGAAGAGAUUGAUAUGUGAACAAAGAGAAGAAUCAAGAGCAGUUCUUCAGUUUCUGUUGGCUGCUCCUUUUCCAAUAUGCCUGGACUAUCUUCUGGACUUCUUUUGUGAGCUUUUGAGUGUGGAUGAUCAGGCUUUCAAUAUAAAGCCUGGAUCAGCUGAUGACAUUAAGGGUAAGGAGUUAUUAAAGUCUUCUCUUUCUGAUAAAAAUCCUGGAAUGAACCUUUCGUCUUCAGCAGUUUGUGUGGGUAACCAGUCUUCUAUGCCUCUAACUUUACCUCUGGUAUCUCAAUCGAUUCAUUUUCCCCAAAUUUCUCAAGAACCCGGUGUUUCUCACAGAUCUUCAAACCAUCCAAUUUCUCGAUCUUCUUCUCUUCCUCAAAUUAACUUUUUCGGCCAAGAUUCGUCAGGGAUUCAGUAUCCUCUCUCGAUUCAGAGCUCUCUGGUUCCUCAAACUUCUUUAGAUCCUCAUCUACCUGUUUCACGACAGUCUUCGAUCGCGAAUGUUCCUUCGGCGGAUUCUGGUAACUCAUCUAUGGGAAAUGGUUUGCUAACUUCGGCNCUACCUGUUCCACGACAGUCUUCGAUCGCGAAUGUUCCUUUGGUGGAUUCUGGUAACUCAUCUCUGGGAAAUGGUUUGUUAACUUCGACUGGGAUUCCCAAACCAGCGAAGAGGGUUGUUUACAACAAUGGUGAACCUGGAAUGAAAAAGAGGAUUGCAAAAGGGGAUGAGGAGAAAGGGAAUGGGCAGAAUGUUGAGGUAAACCAGCAGAAAGAGAUCAAUAUUCAGAGUGGAGUGGAUCAUGUUGUGAUAAAUAUUGCUGAUAAAGGGAAAGGAAUUGUACAGACUAUGCCAGGAGGAAAUCAGAAACAAGCUUUUAAAAGAAAAGAAGUUGUUCAUAAGCCAGAGAUUGGAAAUAGAUUCAGUGCUCUGGCUUUUGAGGAAUAG